AUGCUUGAUAAAAAUAACAUUUAUCUUUUUCCUGAAACAAUCCAGACAAAUCCAUAUUUAUUCUUUGGAAAAGCCGUUCAAGCAACUCAAGAACCUUUUGUUAUCAAUGGAUAUAAGCUCUAUUGCUUAAUUGAUAAAUUAGAAACUCCAGAAUUCCCAUAUACGCUUGUACCUGUACAAAAAAAUGGUGCAUCUGUGAAUUUCUACCAGUAUCAUUUCCCUUCUGGCACUCCUGACUUUAAAAAACUUGGUUUUGAUUCAACAAUUACAUCCAACGGAACAAUUUUAUAUAUGACGCAAGAAAAUCUUGUUAAAAUCACGACGCAGUCACGAUAUGUAACAGUUAAAGAAGGAAAUUGGCAACUUGUUUCAAAAGAAUUUUAUGAACUUGUUGCUUUUUAUCAUCUUGACAUAAUUCCGCAGCUUUCUCUAAACUUGUUUAAGUCAUUACAAGAUAUUGACAAACUUUCACAGCUUUACCACAAAAAAUAUGAUAUUGAUUCUGCUCAUGUUGUAUCAUUGGCAUCACUUUACAACGAGCUUAACUCUCUUUUACUAUUUUUCGGAUAUACAAACAAAAAUGUUAUCUUUUCUGAUCAUUAUUUCCUAUUUUCUUCAUUAAGACUUCAAUUUCGUCAAUUUGUCAAUGAUUGUUUUAGUACCAUUUACAUGAGUGAUUGCGCAAUUACGCCUUCUGCUGUCAAACAAAUAAGAGCUUUGUUCAGAUUUGUUAGAUUAGCGUUAGGAAAACUCGGAUACGAAGACACUCAGUCCGAAAACAUUUAUCACUCAGUUACAGCUACUGUUAACAAAUUCCAAAGGGAUUACGGCCUUCCUGAAAGUCCAUGCGAUGCAAAUACGAUAAGAAUGAUAUUAACCCAACUUUUACUGAAAGGAACAGACCCUGUAAAUAUUUUGGCCUCAUGCGGAGUUAACAUUGCCAUAGAAAACUCUUUAGAUCAAAAAUUUGGUCCAAUUGAUUUAAGAAACCUCGAUGAUGUCGCAAAACGAUUCGCAACAGGUAUAUCAAGAGCUGUUGCACCAUUGCCAGCUCCUUCUUCAGCUGUUGCCGAAGUUGAAAAAGAAUUAUUAUCUGUUGCGAAAAGUGGAGCCGACGGACUUGAUCCUGUGAAUAGAUCUGCAGAGAUACUUGGUGCCAGACUCAGUGGAAUUAAGAGAUAUGCGGCAGAUGUCAGUUCUGAAACAAAAACUUGCCUUCAAAGGGCAGAUGAAGCAGAACAAGGCUUGGAAAACCUCCAAAAGAUUAAUAAUGAUAUAGAAAAGACAAUGCAGGAUAUGGAAGAAAGAUUGAAACAACAAAAUUCUUCCGGAAAUUGGCUUGUCAUCGGAUUCAUCUUGCUUGUAUUUAUUUUUAUUAUUCAGCAACUGAAACGUUCAGGUGCUGCAAGAGCGAUGCAGCAAAAAGAAUAA